UUUUAUUUUAUCAGAUUGAAAUUUUAAAUAGAAAUAAAUGGGCUGUGCAGGUAGCUCGGAGAAAAAGGUACAAAAGAAUAAACCUGAAAGCAGGAAGCCAAUCAGCCAAAAGCCAGCAGGACAACAUGUGGCUAAUCAGGAGCCUCAGAAUUUCACUGAGCAAGCCGAUAGAGUUCAGAGGGAGGCCAAAAGUCAACAGCCUAAACCACCAGUCAAGAAGGAAGAACCAAAGAAAAAGGAAGAUCCAAAGAAAAAGGAAGUAACAAAGAAGAAGGAAGAGCCAAGUAAGAAGCCCCAACCUCAAAAGAAAGAGCCUGCAAAGCCUAAAGGGAGGAUGAUUGAUGUUCAUAAACUUUCCGAACAAGAGUUUGAAGAUCUCAAAGCUCCUUUAUUUGCUAAAGUGAUGAAUUAUUAUGACCUCAAGCUUGACACGAAAUAUCAGGAUUCGCUAGAAGAAAGAGUAGCCAGGCUCCUCACAAAUGAUGUCGGUGAGACCCUCAGGACCGAAGUCUCCUUCACACUUAUCCAAGAGUUCAAGAAGUUCAUGUACCUCGUGGCUGUUGACAUUCUCGAACAGAAAAUGGAUGGAGUCUUGCAGUCUGGUGCUUAUGAAGUUGACUCUGAAACCGGCCAGAAGUACUUUAGUUCUCCAUUUCACCCUCCCCACAUUCUUGAUUUGGUGUGGAGAUUCAUCAUACAAGAAGGCCAGAUGUAUGCAGACUUCUGCCAACACAUCGUUGGAGGGUUCAUUGACAGGCCCAACCCCAGGAUCAGUCUGAAGUCGACUCUGUCAAGAUACAACAGAGCGAGAGCCCAGCUCGAACAAAACGAAGAACUGUUGAGGCCAUACUGGGGACUCUGGCCAAGCAUCGCAAAUGUGAAUCUGCUUGAAAUUGACUACGACUAUGACAUUCUGCUUCAUGCAAAGAGCAAGCACGAAGACCUUGACACCAUCAGAGAAAUGAUCACAGAACGAGAAAUCGACAGCUUUGACUUAUUCCCGAUUAAACAACUAGUGGCCGACUGGAGACAGCAAAACAUCAACGACCUCGAAGAUGUCGAAGAAGCUGAACUGGACGAAGACGCUGAUCUUUCUAAAGUGUCCAAGCUCAAGAAUGUUGACUUCGAAGCUGUCUACGACUCGCUGAUGGAAUUCGAGUUCCAUGAUAAAUUCGUGGACUCGGUGUGUGCAAUGUUCAACUUGACAGCAGAAUCUGGCCAGCUGUUCAUCCGGGAGUACAAACACUUCUUGUACAUUUACUUUUUAACUCAGGGGAAUUGUGCUCCAUCAUUUGAGAUCGACUCAUUCUGGGACUUACACUACGCAAGCACCAAGGAUUAUAGGCUAUUUUGCAAGGAAAUAUUUGGUGAGUUUCUUGAGUCAAAGAACUACGACUACUCAAGUGCUGGAGUUGUGGCUCGGACAAGGGACUACAAGAAAACUCUAAAAGUUUAUGAAGAUAUUUUCGAUAGUGAACCUGAGGAAGCAUUCUGGGAAGAUCCAGUAGAUCUUACAAUAAACUCAACUAAUGGUCUUCAGCAUCUUAAUCUCUUCAAAUACACUUGAAUGUGUAUUUAUCACAAAGAAAACGAAGGUUUGGAGUACAAAAAUACAUUGCGAAGGAAUAAGGAUAAUUUUGAUGAGGACCUAGAAGACGAAGAAACAGAUGCAAUAAAUCUUCGGAAUAAAGCUAGAAUUGAAGCCUCAAAAUCUAAUAAAAUCUUCACUAAUCUUAGAGAAGUGCAAGUUAUCGAAGACGAAGAAAGCAUUGAUGAAGAAGAAGAGCAGAAAUCUAGCUAUAAGCCAAAGGAUCGGAAAAAGAAGGCUAAGAAGGAAGAGGAAAAGAAAAACAAAGGAUCUAAAUCUAAGGGAAAAGGGAAGAAAGAAGAAGGCAAAGAUUCAGAAAGUAAAGUCAUCUUUGACCCAGUUUUAACCAAAGGUGGCUUUAAAAUCCUUCCGAGAUAUCAUAACAUAGAAGUUUUUGAGAGUGAAGACAUCAUUGACCAGAUGGAAGACGGACUCUAUACUGACUAUAUCCAUGUUGGCAGCAGUAAAUUCAAGGAAAUCUUUGAUGUGGCUAUUCUUUCACGUGCUGAUGUUGAUAUCGCUUUGACUGAUUUUAAGAAAUCUAAGGAUAGUGAGCUUAAAGAAGCAGCAAAGGAAGACUUUGAGAUGGAUGAGAGAAUGGAAAGCCUCACUCUCAAGCAAACAGAAUUUUACUUCAACCCAAAAGAGGAAUUUGAAACUUCAACAGUUAACUACUCAGACAGACAUUUUAGUACAACUGAAGAAAGUGAUGAAGAAGAUAGCGAAGUUGAAGAAUCAGAAGGAGACUCUGAAGAAUCUGAAGGAGACUCUGAAGAAAAUGAAGGAGAUUCUGAAGAAAAUGAAGGAGAUUCUGAAGAAAACGAAGAAGACUCUGAAGAUAGCUCUAAUGAUGAAGCAAAAGAUGCAGAUCAGAAUGAGGAAAGUCCUAGCUUGUCAAUAUAACUUAACCCUCAAUAAAAGAGUUUGAAAAA